CGAACGCCCCACAACGCGCGCGUGCGCACACCGGUCGAACCUCGGGCUCCAGGCGCCAAAGGGGUCUUAAGCAGUUAAAGCCCGAAACCCAGACUAAUCUGUGCAAGGGGAAGGGCCAUGGUUAACCCCAGAUUUCUGUUUGGUGAUCUCCAGCAUAGAUGGAGAGUCUGCAGACAGCCUUUAGUGGACGAAAUUUCCAGUAACCGGCUUCAAAAGUUAAAAGGAAAGCGAAGAAUCCGCGGCCGAAGCUAACCGCUUCGCAUCACUGUGCGUCCUCCCCGCUCUGUCCUUCUAGGCCGCCAUGUCUGCAGGCAAUGGCACCCAGUCUGGGUCAGCGGUGGGGGAGGAGGUCUGGGCGGGAUCGGGAGUGGAGGUGGAGGACUCAGAGCUGCCCACCUUCUCGGCUGCGGCCAAAGUCCGAGUAGGAGUGACCAUUGUGCUCUUUUUUUCUUCUGCUGGAGGAAACCUGGCCGUGCUGUGGUCAGUGACACGGGCGCAACUUAAUCAGCUCCGUCCGUCUCCCGUCCGGCGACUUUUCGCCCACUUAGCAGCUGCGGAUUUACUGGUCACUUUUGUGGUUAUGCCCUUAGAUGCUACCUGGAAUAUUACUGUUCAGUGGCUGCCUGGGGACAUCGCGUGUCGAAUACUCAUGUUUCUAAAACAAAUGGCCAUGUACGCUGCAGCUUUCCUGCCAGUGGUCGUCGGGCUCGACGGCCAGGCAGCAGUACUCGACCCACUUGGACCCCGCUCAGGUGGAAGGAAACUUCUGGGGUCGGCCUGGGGACUUAGUUUCCUGCUCGCCUUGCCCCAGCUGUUCCUGUUCCAUACUGCCCGUCGAGCUGGGCCAGUCCCUUUCACUCAGUGUGUCACCAAAGGCAGCUUCAAGGCUUGAUGGCAAGAGACCACCUAUAAGCUCUUCACCUUCUGCUCACUGACUGCCACGGCCAUCUGCUAUAGCCGCAUUGUCCUCAGUGUGUCUGGUCCCCUGCCCAGGAAGAGGAGCCAUGCCCCUGCCAGUGAAUUUAAUCUCCGCCGCUCCUUAGACACUCACCCCCGAGUUCGUCUUUGGGCCCUGCGCCUGGCCCUCCUUAUCUUGCUGACCUUCGUGCUCUGCUGGACACCUUACUACCUACUGGGUCUGUGGUACUGGUUCUCCCCUGCCAUGCUGAGUGAAGUCCCUCCCAGCCUUAGCCAUAUCCUUUUCCUCUUUGGCCUCCUCAAUGCUCCUCUGGAUCCUCUACUCCAUGGGGCUUUCACCCUUGGCUGCCGAAGAGGGCACCAAGAACUCAGUGUUGACUGCUCCAGUAAAGGAGGGUCUGGGAGGAUGUCCGGACAGGACAGUCAAGCCCCCAGGCAGCUGGAAGUACAAACAAAUGUGACACACAGAGAUGGAAACACAAGAGACAUUCCUGUAGCCUCCAUUUGCUCACAGCACAGUACGAGUACAGACUAUUCUCUAACACCCUAAGAACACCUGUUAACCUUGCUUUUUUAAUUAUCAAGAAAAUGAAAUACUAAGCAGACUCUUUAACCCUGCCUGAGACUUGUAAUUAUGGCUAAUGCAGAAACUUAUAGAACAUAGGUCCUGGCAGAAGCAUCUUCACAAUGACCCAUACGGCCUUAAUGUAAAUAGUGUUUCCGAGCUUUUAACGUUGGAACAAGAAAGUAAUUUUAAAUAUAGAAAACAAAACAUUUAUUAAUAACUCAAAAGAAACACUAUACGGGUAGGGGUAAGAGAUUAAAUACAAACAGAGUUCCACCCCAAAUGUAUUUCUCCAAGGCUGCAUAGCCAAAUGGAAUCUUGCGAGACCAUCUGGACAGGAGGAACUGUCAGCGACGUCUCCGGUCUGGACUCCUGCUGCGUCUUCGGCCACCUCUAGAGAAGAGUAAAGAGGAGGGGACUCCAUCAGAGGGAUGUAAUAUACUGCCUUGUUCUGUUUUACUCAUAUUCCCUUCACCAGCACACUUGUUUACCCGCUCCGCUUUACCUUCUCUUGCCCUUGGGGGGACCUCGAACAAAACACCAGUCCACACUGAUUGGCUGUCCCAUCAAAUCCUGGCCAUUAAGUCCCUCCAUAGCAGCCUGGGCCUCUUUGUAUGUUUCAUACUCAACUAGAGUAUACCCCUGGGGCAAGAAAAGACUGAUUUGAAAACCCUCCUGUACUACCAAGCACCCAGUACCCUCAUCCUCAGAUCUAAAUGUGUAAACAGAAAAACCUACAAACUCUGCACAAUGAAUGUACAUCAAUCACAUAUCCUUACGGUA